AUGAUUGCCGGGGUGGCGGCCCAGGGCUCCCAGGCGGACGUGCAAGUCGCCUUGCCGCAGGCCUUCCCCGUGCGUUUCUUCGUGGUUGGCGACUGGGGGAGAGCCAGCGACUCGCACCCCAACGGCUACAACCAGACCCGUGUCGCGCAGAUGAUGACCAAGAAAGCAAACAGCGCCUACGGCAAGCCGCACUUUGUGCUGAGCACUGGAGACAACUUUUACGGCUUUGGGCUGAGGAACCUGAGCGACCCCUGGUUCACACAGAAGUUCACCAACAUCUACAAGGGCCCAGGGCUGCAGGUCCCCUGGUUUUCCGUCUUGGGCAGUGAGUUCGAGCUGCAGUGCGCACCGCUCAGCCUGAAACGCACCCGCACCUUGCUACAUCAUGACUACAGCGAGACCAGCUAUUGCACCCCAGAUGAGAUCACCUCCCCUCUGUACCAGCUUGACCCGGCGCUGCGCAAGCGCGACUGGCGCUGGCACGCGUUCCGCAACAGGAAGCUGAGCCUGGCGGGCGGUCAGGUGGACCUUUUCUUCUGGGACACCACACCCUCCUCAUUGUACAACUUCUACAUUUGCUCCGGAGGAUUCAAGGGAGGCAUCCGCACCCAGAGCUGGCCCAACAACGUUGUGUGGCUCCAGAACCAGCUGGCUGCCAGCAAGGCCUCCUGGAAGCUCAUUGUGGCCCACCACCCGCCCCGCAGCAGCGGGCGCCACGGCGGCUCCUCGGAGGUCAAGUACGCCGUGGAGUCGCUGAUUAGAAAGUACCGGGCCCAGGUCUACUUUGCGGGGCACGACCAUGACCUGGAGCACCUGCACUACAACAGCUCCAGCUUCUACAAGCCCAACUACCACACCAUCGUGUCGGGCGGCGGCUCCCGGCGCUACACCGAGGGCUUUGGCUACGACGACGGCGUGCCUUCCGACUACUACCCCACAGACCCCUCCUCGGUGUGGGGCGCCCUCACCGACGGCUAUGUGGCCGUCACCCUCAAGGCCCAGGAAAUGGUGGUGCAGUUCUACUCCACCGAUUUUAAGAACGGCACGACGGCUGUGCACGUGGCCCGCAUCCCGCGCCUGCUCAAGCCGGGGCCCGACCUGGAUUGA